CUAAGAGACUGCAUGAGUGCUUUGAGUUCAUACGCUUUUUUUGCUUGAAGGACAACAGCUGGACAUCUAGUCAGCAUGCUGGGCUCUUUGAUUCUCGUGUGGACAUGCAUCUUCUUCGUCUUCCUCCUCAUCCGGAUCCAGAGGCCAAAGAAUUUUCCUCCCGGACCUCCUCCUCUCCCUUUAUUUGGGAAUCUGCUUCAUGUGAAUAUGGCCAAUCCUUUGAAGGAUUUUGAAAGAUUUGCAGAACAAUAUGGGAAAAUUUUCAGCCUGUAUACUGGAUCAAGACCAGCCGUUUUUCUAAAUAGUUUUGAGGUUAUUAAGGAGGCUUUGGUUACGAAGGCUCAAGAUUUUUCAGGACGGCCUCAAGACUUCAUGAUCAAUCAUCUCUCAGAGAAUAAAGGCGUUGUAUUGGCCGAUUAUGGCCCCUGUUGGAAGGAUCAUCGACGCUUUGCUCUGAUGACCCUGAGGAACUUUGGCCUGGGGAAGCAGUCCAUGGAAGAGAGAAUUCUGGAAGAAAUCUCACAUUUAGUUGCUGACUUGGACAAAAAUGCUGGAGGAACUGUGAAUCCUCAGAAUAUGUUCCACAAUGUUGCAUCAAACGUUAUUGGCUUGGUUCUGUUUGGAUCCCGUUUUGAUUACAACAACAAAUUCCUUCAGCAGUACAUCAAGAUCAUUACAGAGAUUUCAAAGAUCAUCAAUGGACCAUGGAAUAUGAUAUAUGACACACUUCCUUUACUGAGAAUCUUGCCCCUGCCAUUUAAAAAAGCAUUUGAUCAUGCAAAGAAGUUAAAAAAUAUGAAUUUGUGUCUGAUCAAUGAACACAAGAGCACAAGAGUCCCAGGAGAGCCGAGAGACCUCAUCGACUGCUAUCUGGAUGAGCUUAAUAAGAGAAAAAAUGAUGGUUCCACCUUUUCUGAAGACCAGCUCAUCAUCUACAUUUUGGAUUUGCACUUUGCAGGGACUGAUACCACAUCCAACACUUUCUUCACUGCUUUUCUCUACCUCAUGACCCACCCAGAGAUUCAAGCAAAAUGUCAAAAAGAGAUUGAUGAGGUUCUGGAGGGUAAAGAUCACGCAUCGUAUGAAGACAGACACAAUAUGCCGUACACACUGGCUGUGAUUCAUGAGGUUCAGCGUGUUGCUAACACUGUACCGCUAGGAGUGUUUCACUGCACCACCAAAGACACCAUGCUGAUGGGCUACAGCAUCCCGAAGGGAACUGUAAUCAUUACCAACCUCACUACCAUACUAAAAGAAGAAGGCCAGUGGAAGUUUCCUCAUGAAUUUAACCCAGACAACUUCCUGAAUGAGCAGGGCCAGUUUGAGAAGCCUGAGGCCUUCAUACCCUUCUCUACAGGUCCUCGUGUGUGUCUCGGUGAGGGUCUUGCACGUAUGGAGCGCCGUUUCCAGUUUGCGUGGCCCGAUGAUGCCGGGGAUCCAGAUUACACCCCAGUAUAUGGGGUCACCCUCACCCCCAAACCAUACAGAAUGCACAUCAGACGCAGAGAGACAGUUAAACAGUAAAUCAUAAUGCCAAAUAC